AUGUCUCAGUGGGGGGCCUCUCUCUUCAGCUCCGUCACCCCCAGCCACAAGGGCACCUCCCCCAUCCCUUCACCCCGCCGCAGUGCUGCGUCUCAGGCACGCACACACUACCUCACGCCCCCUGCCCACGCCCCUGCCCCCUGCCCCCUACCCCCAGCCACAAGGGCACCUCCCCCAUCCCUUCACCCCGCCGCAGUGCUGCGUCUCAGGCACGCACACACUACCUCACGCCCCCUGCCCACGCCCCUGCCCCCUGCCCCCUGCCCCCUGCCCCCCUGCCCCUUGCCCCACGCCCCUGCCCCCUGCCCCACGCCCCCUGCCCCUGCCCCCUGCCCCUGCCCCCUGCCCCACGCCCCCUGCCCCACGCCCCUGCCCCACGCCCCUGCCCCACGCCCCCUGCCCUCCCUGCCCCCCUGCCCCCUGCCCCACGCCCCUGCCCCCUGCCCCACGCCCCCUGCCCCACGCCCCUGCCCCACUGCCCCCUGCCCCCUGCCCCCUGCCCCCUGCCCCCUGCCCCACGCCCCUGCCCCCCUGCCCCCUGCCCCCUGCCCCACGCCCCCUGCAUUAGUCUCUUCACAGCGGCUUUCUCCACUAAACACAUCAUCUCAUGUCUAA